UGCCUCGUAUAGCUUUAGAGUCGAGGGAGAGAGUAUAUCCAAGGCAGUAACGCCGACCCCGUCACAACCGCUGCCCUCCAUGACUUCCCGCGCUCGCUCGAAUGCCUGGCGCUCUGGACAUGCGCACUAGCUCCUUUUCUUUGAAAAGACUGAGCUUGCGCGUAGCCAAAACUUCCUCUACGGCUCCGGCUUCUCAGUGAAAGGACUGUUGAUAUCCACUGCCGCUACACGUGUAGAAAGCCAUAGAAGCCGACCACCAUGGGGGCAUAUCUGUCGCAACCAAACACGACAAAGACCUCUUCCGAUGGCGGCAACAGCAGCAUGAGCUACGGGUUCUCUGCUAUGCAGGGAUGGCGCGUCUCCAUGGAGGAUGCUCAUAACUGCAUCCCAGAGCUUGACAGCGAAACAGCCAUGUUUGCAGUGUAUGACGGCCAUGGAGGUGAAGAGGUGGCUCUAUACUGCUCAAAGUACCUCCCUGAUAUCAUCAAGGAGCAGAAAAACUACAAAGAUGGCAAACUGCAGAAGGCCCUGGAGGAGGCGUUCCUGUUCAUAGACGGAAGAAUGACCUCCGAAGAGGUGAUCAAGGAGCUGGUGCAGAUCGCCGGGCGGCCCACCGAGGAGCCCCCCGCCGAGAAGCUGGCAGAGGAGGACGACCUGGACAACGAAGAGGCGGCGCUGCUCCACGAGGAGGCCACCAUGACCAUCGACGAGCUGCUGGUGCGCUACGGGCAGAACCUCAACGCUGUGAAGCACGCCGCCGCUCUCAGCGCCGCAGCCAAGAAGGCGGGUUGUCCUCACUCCGGGGCCCCGGGGGAGAAGGCCGAGUCCGGAGCGGCGGGCGAGGAGCCGGAGGUGAACGGAGAGGCCACGGACCAGGGGAGCAACGGGAGCGCCAAGUCUGAAGAGGCAGGGGGCACAGGGUUCUCCAAGCUGAGGGCCUGCCGCAAAGCCACCAGAGGGGCAGGCGGGGACGAGGGCGGAUCCUCCUCAGUGGCGGCCGAAGGCGGCAAGGCGGGGGGAGGCGGCGGAGGCGAGAAGGCGGGCAAGGCGGAGGGCUGCGCCGGGCCGUCCUGCUCCUCCAGCGCCGCCGUGGCAGACGGCCGCUCUCGCUUCUUUGAGGACAGCGAGGAGUCAGAGGAGGGAGAGGAGGACGAGGAGGACAGCGACGACGAGGAGGGCAGUGAGGAGGAGGACGGUGACAGCAGUGAACUGGAGGAAGAGGAGGACACAGAUGAAGGAGAGGAGGAUUCAGAGGAUGAGGAGGAAGAGGAAGAAAUGUGUCUACCGGGGAUGGACGGCAAAGAGGAGCCCGGCUCAGACAGUGGAACCACAGCGGUGGUUGCUCUGAUGCGUGGGAAGCAGCUGAUUGUGGCCAACGCUGGGGACUCGCGCUGUGUGGUGUCUGAAAGCGGCAAGGCGGUCGACAUGUCAUAUGACCACAAACCAGAGGAUGAGCUGGAGUUGGCUCGCAUCAAAAACGCCGGGGGCAAGGUGACCAUGGACGGCAGGGUGAACGGGGGACUGAACCUGUCCAGAGCCAUCGGUGACCACUUCUACAAGAGGAACAAGAACCUGCCGCCAGAGGAGCAGAUGAUCUCCUGCAUGCCCGACGUCAAAGUCCUGACGCUCCACGACGACCACGACUUCAUGGUCAUCGCUUGCGACGGCAUCUGGAAUGUGCUGAGCAGCCAGGAGGUGGUGGACUUCGUCAGCGCACGGAUCAAACCGGACCAGGCCGGCAAAGUGCGGCCCCUCUCUAACAUAGUGGAAGAGCUUUUGGGGCAGUGUUUGGCCCCGGACACCACCGGAGACGGCACCGGGUGUGACAACAUGACCUGCAUGAUCAUCUCGUUCCGGCCCCACCCCGCCUCCACUCCCAACCAAUCGGAGGACACGAGGAAGAGGAAGCUGCAGGAGGCUGAGGCCGAGCUGGAGAAGAACGGGAAGGACGGGAAUGACAGCAAAAAGGCAAAGAGUAACUGAACGAACGCCCGGCAACUGGGCAGCCGCUGGCCUGCGUUUGCCCCACACAUGUUAGAGACUAAUUUCCACAACCCGAAAAUCUUUGCCAGGCAAGGGUCUAAUUUCCCCCCCCCCCCCUCAUCCAACCAAAUUCCCACGUUCCACUCCUAUGAUUAAAUGUUAAUGAGGUCAUGGGUCAAAUUAUUAUUAUUGCUAUUCUUUUUUUUCUUACCAUGUGAUUUAAGCUCCGGUCUCCCCGGAGACGAAAUGAGAGCUAUGUGAAGUGUUUAUUCGAAGGCCCCCUUCAAGUUACCGGCCUUUCGUCUCACUGCUCAGCAUACGAUGAUGAUGUUUCUGUGUUUUUGUCUUGAAGACAUAAAAGAUAAAAUGUAAACCGUAGAUUACAACAAAAGCAUAUAUAUAUCCAAGCCUUUUGUGGUAGUGGCCAUACUUUACUGGACACCUGGCACUUGAGUUAUUUUGAAGGGGUGAGAGAGGAGCCGAUCACCUUACAGUUAUAAAAGGGCUCAACGGUUGAGUCCUCUCUCUCUCUCUCUCUCUCUCUCUCUCUCUCUCUCUCUCUCUCUCUCUCUCUCUCUCUCUCUCU